GGUUUGAGCUGGGAGCCCCGAUCCCGCACAGUGGAGCAGGUCCACCUGCGCUGCACCGAGGGCUCGCUGGAAUGGAUGUACCCGGCCCGUGCCCUGCGUGUCGUUCUGGAGCCCAACCUGUCGAGUGCCAAGCACACCACCGUCUGCAUCAAGCCAGCGAGCAACUUCCAGGGUGCCAACAUCUACGUGGAGCGCACGGGGCAGCUGCACCUAGUGGUGAGUGAGGCCGAGGAGACAUGGCUGCGCCAUGUGUCCUGCUUCAGCGCCCACACCCCGCAGCGGGUCGCCCUCUUCCUACAAGCCAGCCCGCAGAGGGACAUCAGUCGCAGGACAGCCAGUUUCCAGUACGAACUGCUGAGCAACCAGAGCACUGCCAGCCCCGACAUCCAGAAGAUGGCACUCGUGGAAGCGAUGUGCCGCCCUUGUGAUGACAUGGAGCUUCUCAUGGCCAUUUGCAGCAGUGACUUUGUGGUGAGAGGGUGCAUCCGCAACGUGUCCCAUGACCCUGAGAACCACAUGUCACAGGUUGAAGUCGGCGUCCAAAAGGUCUACCGGCAGAAAAACAGAGUCUUUCAGCAGGAUGAAGCGACCGGUGAAUGGAGGGGCCCCAUAAAAACCCUGCUGCAGUGCAGGGUGAAGCAGGGGGCCGGAGAUUUUCUUUUCACUGGCAGCGAACAUUUUGGUGAAGCGUGGCUGGGCUGUGCCCCAAGGUUUAAAGACUUCAGUUCCAUUUACCAGACCGCCAGAGAAAGGGGAACAAACCUGUGUGAGUUCCAGUUUAACUGAGAUGUCUCCUCCAGGAGGCAAGAGCAAGGUGCCCUCUUUGUCAGCCCCGUGUCCGGGGGCUGAGCGUGAGGUUGGGCAGCAGCCGAAGAGUAAGAUUUCGCUAGACCCGAGGCUGGGAGAGCCCCUUGGAGGUCGUGGUUCUGAAAAUGGUCAAACUAGGGCCGGGAAUCCACGAGUGGUUUAGUUUCAUGAACUUUCUCUCCCUAGUGACUCAAGUGCAGGUGGCUGUCCUGCCUUCAAGGGAGAUGUAUGUGUUUAAAAGCCAUGCCUGAGACAGCUCCCUUGAUUUGGGGGAGAUUCCCCCAAGUGGGUACCUUAUCUGUACUGUGCUUUUUCAUGGCCAGUUUCCCUCCUCGCUGCUCCUUCCAUCUCUGUUCCAGUGUUUCACCCAGCUGAUCCUCCCCACCGCCUCUCUGCCUGGCUCUGUCCUGCCCACAACACCCGCUGUGGACAAUACACACUUGUCGACAGUUUGAGCUGAACAGCUAAGUUUCACGGUAUAACCCAGAGUUUGUCCAGCCUACCUGUAGUCCCUCUGUCUAGACUGCUCUACUGGGAAAUGGAAGUGCAUUUAAAACAGGGCAGCCAGGUGUUAGCACUCUCCAAGUGCCCUACUGCGAUCCCCUACUCUGCUUUCUGCUCCCUGCCCUGCACUCUGCCCGAUCUGCUGUUAUUUUUUCUGCUCUUUGCCCUAUAUGCCACUGCACUGCCUGUGCCUGUCCAGUCCAUGCCCCAGUCUGCCCUGUGCCAGGCACAUAGGCUUCCUGUGCCCCCUGUGGCACACAAGCCCGAGGCUGGCCUCCCUGCAUUAAAACACAUGCUAAUUAGCCCUCCGGGACAGAAUCCCAGCUGGUUUAAAUCCUUGGUACAUCAUUAACUUCAGGGCAGCUACACUGCUGUGCAGCAGAAGCCUCCUUUAAUGUAGGUAAGGACUGUCACGAUUAACAUCACGCUGGUUCCGGUUAUCAUCAUCAUCAUUGGUCAUGCGAUCCCACUUCACACAGUUUCUGGGAGAAAUACUGGUAAAACUCCUGUUUCUCCAAUGGGAAUCUUGCCUGCAUGCAAAAUGCAGGGUUGGUUCCCGAUGCAUUUGACUUUCGGUGGACUGGAGCCAGCAGCUGGAAAGCAGAAAGUGACAAAGUGGAGAGAAGUGAUGAAUGUCUAGUUUCAAAAACACAUAAUGAUGUUCAUUUUACUGAAUUUUAAGGAGACAUAGAUAAAUGCUGUGAUUUAAGAUUUUUUUCACUGAGUGAGGUUGCUUACUUAGAGGUUUUUGCACUGUGAACUUUUCCGGGACAAAUGCGCAGAAGUUUGGAGUUUGGUUGGUUUCACUAUAAAGUUUCAAAGAAAGCUGCAUCCACCCCACAGUCAGUAGCUGCUCUGAUAUACUGAAGUACAUCUCCACCAAGCAUCCUUUAUAUGACUUGUAGAUUUGACAGCUGAAUGGGUUAGUCUAAAGGUCAGUGUUUGUUUUGCAAGGUGAGGAAGGAUGAGUGCAGUCCGAAUUUCCAUGUGGUACUUUGCACUUUCAAGCUUUGUGUUUGCUGUUAGAUUAGAAACACGUGUAUUGUAUUCUGCCUGUUUGUAUAUUUGGGAUCGAAGCUGUAAAGGUUGAUUUUGUGAA